UACCACCCAGAUUUCAUUUGCAUAUUUCUUAGGAGAUGCUCUAUGAAACGUAAAAUAAAUUCACGAGAUCAAUUAACCCAAAAAUAAAAAACGAACCCUGACGAAAAGCCGAAAACGCAUGCGUAUCAUUCGAUUUUGGUCCAGUCCCCGAGUCUAAUCCCUUGCCGUCUGAGACUUUCGCGGUAAGUAAAUUCGCCUUCUUCCUUUUCUCACGUAAAUCCCUAGCCCCUUGGAUUUCGAUUUUCAAAAAAUUCCUCAGCUUCCUAAGUCUCAAGCUUUCCAAAAAUUUGGGGCUUUCAAUUAGGGUUUCCCAAUCGUUAAAGUUCACAAUGCCGCCAUUCUGGUCGAGCAGGACCUCGAAGGCGGUGGGGUCCUUACUGUCCCGUAGAAUCGGCCCGAGUCAUCCGAUCCGGUCCGGCCGGAAAUACGACCCGGUUCGAUGCUUUAGUAGCAUUGCGGGCAUAGAAACCCCAUCGUCGAUCCACAAGUGGACCGGCGAUUCUCGACUGGAUUAUAAUUAUAGGUCACGGAGGCAAUUUCUCGGCUGCGGCGACGGCGAAGAAGGCGGUGUUUUAUCCAAAGUUUAUGAGGAGAAGCGCGUCUUGGGGUAUUCUCCAGAGCAAUUGUUCGAUGUGGUUGCUGCUGUAGACUUGUAUCAUGGUUUUGUACCCUGGUGUCAGCGGUCCGACAUAAUCAAAACCUUUCCGGAUGGAUCAUUUGAUGCUGAGCUGGAGAUUGGUUUUAAAUUUCUGGUCGAAAGUUACGUUUCCCAUGUCGAAUUAGAGAGAGCAAAGCGUAUAAAGACCACUGUGUCAAAUAGUUCCCUUUUCGAUCAUUUGAUAAACAUCUGGGAAUUCAAUCCGGGACCCGUUCCUGGAUCUUGCAACCUUUAUUUCUUGGUGGAUUUCAAGUUCCGAUCGCCACUUUACCGACAGGUGGCAUCUGUGUUCUUUAAGGAGGUGGUCUCUAAGCUUGUUGGUUCAUUUAAUGAGCGAUGCCGUUUGAUAUACGGACCAGGAGUUCCAAUUCAUGAACAUACAUAUGGACAAAGGGCAUGAUAGUCGAUCAUUUUUACCCAUUAAAACAAGGUGUUGAAUGAGCUUCUGUGGAGUGCAGUCGGCAAUACAACUGAAUUCAAAUUAACAGUCCCUCAAGCCCCCCUGGGUAGUUUUUGUUCCAUAUGCUGCCCAGAGUCCCAUUGAUAAUGUGUCACUGCUGAAGCCACAUGGCACACAGGAUUUCUUCUCGUAUAUCCCAAUUUUCCAUACAUGUAUGUACUCAAUGGGAUGAAGUUUAACAUUUUAGCACCAUUUCUAAAUAGUCAAAUUAUGUUGCAGAGGUAAAACUAUCUAAUAAGCUAGCUUUUCUUGUGUGAUGAACAAUGAUCUAACCAUUUAUGCAUUUGUUCUAUAAGAUUGGAAAAAGCUAUUGUCUUUUGUCCA